GUUGGCCCUGCACUGUACACGAGUGCAGCGGACAACGUCAUCGAUAUUUGCGUACACAGACAGAUGUCUGCAGAGACAAAAGUGAUGACUUAUACAUGUAGGUAGAAGACAAGAAGUUUAUUAUGGGUAAUGUUGAAGUUCAUAACUUGUCACCAGUUAGGGAAGAUGAGAGGAAAGAACUCAACUUGUCGAGAAAGCUGAACUACAAACAAUAUUGUAGGCAUGUUGAAGGAAGACCAAAUGCCACAUGUUUACGGGAACUGCCAUGGAAUAUCAGAGAUUCUGUAUCUCUGUAUGAACGUAUGAAUGCAGCAUUCAAUGCUCUAACCGAGCUUCCUAAUGAACUAUCUGUACGACUGCCACAUCUUAAUUACCUAGACCUCUCGUACAACCAGCUUGAAGCAUUACCGGACAGUUUUGGUCUGCUCUUUCAUUUAGAAACAUUGAACUUAAAAUUCAACCGUGUUAAAACACUUCCUCAUUCAUUUUAUCACCUUGUAAAGUUGACAAAAAUAGAUGUUUCACAUAAUUGUUUAAAAAUGAUAUCUGCCGAUGUCAUUCAGUUGGAAAAACUGAUUAAACUAAAUGUGUCAUUCAAUAAGUUAAAAUCGCUACCAGUUUCUUUAGGGGGAUUGAAGUACCUCAAAGUUUUGUUGGCAGAUAACAACAGAUUUCCGGAAUCUCUUGUAACAAUUUGCAACAACGGAUCUGAUGAACUGCUGUCUCAUUUAAGAAAAAAUUACAAUUUACAAAUGCAGAGCUCGGAACUACUAUCUUCAUAUAGCCACAAUGUGUUUCCACGUGUCCGAGGAAACCACCUACUUACCUCUGUUCCAAAUCCUCACUCAGCACAGGUGCAGUAUAUCCAAUCACAAACUCACACUGCAAAUACUUCAAAUCGUAUAAAGACGCCAUUGCUUCCACCACAAGGCGCUUCUUCAUUAGAUGCAAAUGAUCUAAAAGACAAGAUUUUAGGUCUGAUAUAUGGAGCAGCUAUAGGUGACGCAAUUUGUAUAUCAACAUGCUGCAUGUCGGCAGAUGAGUGUCAUUUCCACUAUAAUUCAGAUGGUAUAAACUAUACAGAGAUAGUACAGGAUGAACUGCGUGUACGAUGGAAGCAGGGCGACUGGACAUCAAACUUUGAUACCAUGGUGUUACUGCUGGAUAGUAUUGUAAGCUGGGCAGGUGUAAUAGACGAGCUAGAAUAUGCGAGACGCUUAAAAACAUGGUGUCAGUGUGGAUAUCCAGAGCUAGGGGAUGAACAGGGCAUUGUUCUUAGUGAGACUACAAAACAGCUGAUUGAGAAAUCUGAAUUUCUAAUACAUCCCCACCAGGUAGCUCAGCAAAUUAUUGAACAGUCAUCAGUGCACGUAAUUGGUGUGAAAAAUGGGAGUCAUGUUUAUGACAACUGUUCUACAGGGAGUACAACUAGUGAUGUUAGCAGUAUAAGUGAAAUCAUGGGUCAAGGACCAUUAUAUCCAAGCUCCCAUCCAACAAUACCUUCUAGAAAAUUUGGAACAGAUAAUGGUGCUGUUGUUUCCAUUGCAAUUUUAGGUGUGCCAGGCUUCCAUGUAAGUGAGGAAGUUGAAGCAAACACAGUAAGAAUAUGCAAGACCACACAUAGCAGACCUGUAUGUAUAUCGUCAUGCCUUGUCAUCACAUCUCUUAUCUCACAGAUGCUCCAGUGUUACAGUGAUCAGAACUGUUGUAAAGCAAUAGAAGAGAUGAUUAACAAGGCAGCAGUGCUUGCUUCCAAAUACAUUACUCAAGCAGAUGAACUAGACAACUUCAACAGAUAUAUAAACUAUACAAGUGUUAACAGUUUAAACAUGCGGGAACAGUACAAUAUGUCUUAUACGUUGAAAGCUAUGUCUUCUGGUCUGGUAGCUCUACGCUCUCAAAAGUCUUACAAGUCUUUCAUGAUGAAUCUUCUCAUGGAGGGAGGUGAUAGUAACAGCAAUGGAUGUGUGGCAGGUGCUCUGCUUGGUUGUAAAGUUGGCUAUUCACGUCUUCCAAAGGAAUGGAUCUCAGGUCUCCGGAAAAAACAGACUACAUGGUUGAAUGUGAAAAUAAACCUUCUUCUAGAUAUGAUGGGAUUGCCAUAGAGAAAAAAUUAUUCAGAGUUACAGUGGCUUAGAAGCCUACUGACAUGACAUAACUCUUGUGAACAUAAUACAUCGAAACUUGAUAUAAAGUUGUGCAUAGGACCUUCAACUUUAACAUGCUUUCCUUCUCUCUCUUGUACAGGGUUUAUGGAAAAUUUCACUUAAUGACCCCAGUUCUAUGUAAAUGCCUACCAGUUGUACAGAUACUAUUUCAGUAGAUUUCAAAGAAAUUAAUUUUAAAUUGAAA